AUGGCCGAUCACGUGUGCUACGUCGUGCCUCCCCACCUGCUCAAGGCCAUCGCCGACGCCGAGUGCAAUAGCGAGCAUACGCGUCAUGCCGCGAGACAGGCUUUGAGCCUCCGCGAGCAGUUCACCACCCGUCGUGCCGAGCGCCUCGCCAUCCUCGGUGGUCCUCGCGCCCAGCGUCACCAGCUCUCCUCCCACUCCCGCCCUUCCAUCGUCCCUGAUAUCUUGCUCCAGCACAUUGCCGAUUCAACGGAUGUCGACGAUGACACCAGAGCCUGUGCCAAGAGGGAUCUUGACCACAUAAGAGGUGUUCAGCAAAAGGUUCAACAGGUCCAGCAGGGCGAAGUCGAGGGUCCACAGGACCAGGUCACCCUCGCUGCCACUGCCGGUAAGAAGGACGACAAGUUCUACCGGGCCAUCUAUGACGCCAAGAACACCGAGAACGAGAGCAAGUUGCCUGGUGAUGUGGUUCGUGUGGAGGGCCAAAAGGCUGUCGACGACAAGGCAGUCAAUGACGCGUUUGACAAUGUUGGCGAGGUGCUGAAGAUGUACAAGGAGAAGUUCAACUGGAUUUCCAUCGACAACAAGAACAUGCAUGUCAUCAGUUCCGUCCACUUCGGUCAGAAGUACGAGAACGCAUUCUGGGAUCCAGAGCGUAUGCAGAUGGUGUUCGGAGACGGCGGAGAGUUCCUGAGUAACUUCACUGGAACCAUCGACCACACCAGUCCCCUCGACUAUCAGGGAAUGAGCGGGGCUCUCAACGAGCACGUUUCCGAUGUUUUCGGCAUCAUCGUGAAGCAGAUUGUCGAAAAGGAGGAUGCCGAGAGUGCCGACUGGCUCAUUGGCGAAGGCUGCAUCAUGCCCGGUGUCAAGGGCGUUGCUCUCCGGAGCAUGAAGGAACCUGCUCAUUUCAAGGACUACGUUCCGACCUUCGAGGACAACGGCGGUGUGCACAUCUACUCGGGCAUCCCGAACAAGGCUUUCUAUCUUGCGGCGAAGGGCUUUGGCGGUUUCUCGUACGAGAAGGCUGGUCCCAUCUGGUGGAAGACCAUGAACUCGGGCCGUGUUCCUCCCAAGUGCACAUUCAUCCAGUUUGCCGAUGUGACGACGGAGAUCGCGGAGGAAUUGUAUGGAGAUGAGGCAGGCAAGAUCGUGAGGGAUGCCUGGAACGAGGUCGGCGUGACCAGAAAGGGCAAUUAG